AUGAAGUUGACGCUUAGAGACGGGGAAAUGGGGAAAUGGGGAAAUGGGCGAAAAAUUCCCUCCUUCAUGAAUCCCACCUUAGGUCGUUCCUUGACUCGGAACUUGAAUUUCAAUCUAGUACGUGCUUCUAUCAAGCUGCAAUUCACCUCAAUUCGAACUAUGGCUACUAUCAACCCUCCGCGAGAUCCGAACACCGUGAGUAACUACAACAACUGGCGUUCCACCCAUAUCACGGCCAAUUUCGAUAUUCUCUUCGACCAGAAGAAGCUGGUGGGAAAUGUCAUCCAUCAAUUCAAGUCAAUCACCGAUGGUGAGUCCCAGGAGAUUAUCCUGGAUACCAGCCAUCUUGACAUCGGCGCGGUGAAGGUGGAUGGCCAGCCAUCCAAAUGGGAGUUUCUCCCCUCGCUGGAGCCCUAUGGUGUCCCAUUGAAGAUUAUCCUUGAUAAUCCCGUCAAGUUGAAUGGCACCGUUGAGGUUGAUAUCGAGGUGAAAACCACCGACAAGUGCACUGCGUUGCAGUGGCUGACGCCUGCGCAAACCUCAAACAAGAAACAUCCAUACAUGUUCUCCCAAUGCCAGGCAAUUCACGCGCGGUCUAUCUUCCCUUGUCAGGACACUCCGGAUGUUAAAGCCACAUUUGACUUCAACAUCACCUCUCCGCUCCCGGUCAUGACCAGCGGUCUGCCGAUUCGCAAGUCGUCCAUGGAGUCAAAGGCGGACCACCAACUGUAUCGAUUCCACCAGUCGGUGCCAAUCCCCAGCUACCUCUUUGCUAUCGCUAGCGGUGAUGUCGCCGAGGCUCCAAUCGGACCCCGGAGUGUCGUUGCAACCAGCCCUGACAAGCUGGAAGAGUGCAAAUGGGAGCUCGAGGCUGAUACUGAGAACUUCAUCACAACAAUCGAGAAAAUUGUUUACUCUUACGCCUGGGGCGAGUACAACGUUUUGAUCCUGCCGCCCAGUUUCCCGUAUGGCGGCAUGGAGAACCCGAUUUUCACUUUCGCAACCCCGAGUAUCAUCUCGAAGGUACGUAGUAUACUCUGUCCAAUUGUUAGAUGGACCAUAACUGAUAGGCCCCCCCAGGACCGUGAGAACAUCGAUGUCAUCGCACACGAAUUGGCUCACAGCUGGAGUGGUAACCUGGUUACCAAUGCCUCAUGGGAGCAUUUCUGGUUGAAUGAGGGCUGGACCGUUUACCUUGAGAGAAGGAUUUUGGCUGCCAUUCACGGCGAAGCCUAUCGCCACUUCUCGGCCAUAAUUGGGUGGAAGUCUCUGACUGACGCUGUCGAACAUUUUGGUGACGAUCAUGAGUUCACUAAACUUAUCCUUGAUCUGAAGGGCAAGGAUCCCGACGACGCAUUCUCAAGUGUUCCGUAUGAGAAGGGUUUCAACUUCUUGUUCUACCUUGAGAAUCUUGUUGGCAAGUCAAAGUUUGACAAGUUCAUCCCUCACUAUUUCACAACCUUCAAGUGCAAAUCGCUCGACUCCUAUGAGUUCAAAGCACUGAUUCUGGACUUCUUCAAGUCAGAUGCCGAGGCUUCUAAGCUGCUGGAUGAACUGGAUUGGGAUAAGUGGUUCUAUGCGCCAGGUCUACCACCUAAGCCAAGGUUUGACACGUCGAUGGUGGACGUUGUCUAUGAACUUUCCAAGAAAUGGCAGUCCCUUCCCGACUCCUCAUUCAAGCCUCAUAUCAGCGACAUCCAGGGCUUGACCGCAAACCAAUUGGUUGUCUUCCUGGAGCAGAUGCUCUUGCUAGAGAGACCUCUCAGCCCCGAGAUCUCGAAAUUGAUGGGUGAUGUGUACGGUUUGACGAAGAGCGAGAAUAUCGAGGUUUCCAACCUGUACUGCCAGGUUGGUAUGAAAGCAGGAGAUAACAGCGUCAUUGAGCCAACAACCGAGUUGCUGGGCCGUAUUGGACGGAUGAAGUUUGUGCGACCUCUGUUCCGCAACCUCCAGAAGAUCAAUCGCCCUGUCGCCCUUGAAACAUUCGAGAAGUACAAGGACUUUUAUCAUCCUAUCUGCCGAGGCAUGGUGGAGAAGGACUUUGGCAAAAAAGAUAACUAG